AUGGGUCAUAUACUAUGGAGUUGUGGUUCGGCGCAGGACGUUUGGUUGGAGUGUCCAAAGAAGCUGCAAAAAUGUAGGAGUGCUGCAACAGAUUUCAUGGCAAUAUUUCGAGAAUUAUCAAGCAAGUUGGCUCCAGACGAGAUCAAGUUGUUUGCAGCCAUUGUACGUCAAUUGUGGCUUAGGCGGAAUCUCUUCGUUUUUGGAGGCCAGCUGACAGCCCCAGCAGUGAUACUACGCCAGGCCAAGGAUCAACUGGAAGCUUUUGAUAAAGCGGAAGUCAGUCGCAGCUUGGGAAGAGCUCUUGCACAACAAACACCCAUCUCGGUCAAGUGGACCAAACCACCGGUAGGCUUUCUGAAAAUCAAUUGGGAUGCCUCUGUGGAUGUCUCACAGAAAAGGAUGGGUAUGGGGAUAGCAAUACGAGACCAUGGUGGAGAGCUGCUAGCUGCUUACUGUGCAACCAGGGACUAUAUUACCGACGCUGCUACUGCUGAGGCCUUAACAGCUUGGCAAGCGGUGGAAAUUAGCCAAAGCUUGGGUCUGGAGAAGGUGGUGCUUGAAGGGGAUGCCAUGGAGGUUGUCAAAGUCCUAAGGAAUGAAGAGGUUUGGUUGGGGAGUUAUGGGCAUGUACUGCAGGAGGCAAAACAGAAGCUAUGUCAAUGCAUGGAGUGGAAAGUGUCUCACGUACACCGUCAGGGGAAUAAUGUAGCACAUAGCCUAGCCAAAUUGGCCCUGACUAUCCAACAAGAGAUUUUAUGGACUGAUAAUUUCCCUUUAUGCAUCAGGGAGCUUGUAAUCACUGAGCAAGGAUACUCUUAA